AUGUCCGCAGAUGCACCUGAUCGCCUGGCCCCGACCCUCGGCCGCGACAACAACAACGACGGCGACGACACCAUUAUGGCCCAUAUCACAGACCUGAGACGGGAUACCAAAGAUCUGUUUUACCAUGGCUUUGACAACUACAUGUCACAUGCCUACCCUGAGGACGAAUUGAAGCCGAUCUCCUGCGAACCGCAAACGAGAAAUCGCGAAAACCCGGCUGAUAUUGGUCUGAACGAUGUCCUCGGCAACUACAGCCUCACCCUCAUCGAUUCCCUUUCGACACUCGCAAUCCUUGCUUCGGGCGAGAAGGAUAAGAAGGACAAGCGAGAUCCAUUGCGCGAUUUCCAAGACGGCGUCAAGGGUUUGGUGGAGCUUUACGGCGAUGGCACCGAGGGGAAACGAUGCGGCAAGAGAGCGUGUGGGUUCGAUCUGAACAGCAAGGUUCAAGUCUUUGAGACGAAUAUCAGAGGCGUCGGCGGCCUCAUAUCAGCUCAUCUAUUCGCCCUGGGUGAGCUGCCAAUCAAGGGAUACAAGCCAGAGUGGAGGGGUGGGAAGAACCCAGGCAUCAAAUGGAAGAACGGCUUUGUCUAUAACGGCCAGCUACUGUAUCUGGCUUACGACUUGGCGAAACGACUGCUCCCAGCAUUCAGCACUGCCACAGAUAUACCCUACCCAAGAGUCAACCUUCGAACUGGAAUCCCCUUUUACCAGGAUGCCGAAUCAGGUUUCUGUCGUUUGGACGGCACAUCUACCGACCCGCGUGAGAUCACCGAAAAUUGCGCAGCUGGCGCGGGAAGCCUUGUGUUGGAGUUCAGCGCUCUCAGCCGCCUGACAGGAGACAUGCGAUUUGAGAAUCUGGCCAAACGUGCGUUCUGGGCGAUUUGGAAUCGACGCUCUUCCAUCGACCUCCUUGGCAAUGGCAUCGACGCUGAGAAUGGGCAAUGGACCAUCCCUCCACUGUCUGGAAUCGGAGCAGGCAUCGACUCCUUCUACGAGUAUUCGCUAAAGUCGUACAUCCUUUUAUCAAAUCUACCAUACAACGCCAGCAUCUACGAAACAGACGCACCCGACAGCUUCCUCCAGGUCUGGGAGCGGGCCCAUACAGCAGUGAAACGCCACAUCUUACGCAACAAGCAGACCGAGAAGCACCCGUACUACGGACAAGUCGACCUGACCACUGGUGCUGCACGAUAUGGUUGGGUUGACAAUCUUUCUGCAUACUACCCCGGCUUGCUUGUCCUCGCGGGUGAGCUGGACGAAGCCAUCGAAUCUCAUCUCUUGUACAGUGCACUUUGGACUAGAUACAGCGCCUUGCCGGAAAGAUGGCAUGCCGCAAACUCAUACAUUGACCCCAACUUCAAGCAUUGGGCAGGACGGCCGGAGUUUAUUGAGAGCACAUUUCAUCUUUACCAGGCAACCCAGGAUCCUUACUAUCUCCACGUAGGCGAGAUGGCCUUGCGAGACAUCAGACGACGGUGCUGGACCAAGUGCGGCUGGGCAGAUCUUGGUGACGUCCUCACCGGCGAGCAACGUGAUCGCAUGGAAAGCUUCUUCCUGGGCGAGACUGCGAAAUACUUAUAUCUGCUUUUCAACAAAGAUCAUCCUUUGAACAGGCUGGACAAGCCGGUGGUCUUCACAACCGAGGGGCACCCCUUGGUGAUACCUGAUGCUUUCAGGUACAUGCCAUUCAACCACCACAUCAAGCAGAACAUUCGUGCGCUUGAAGCUCUGGACGGUCCCUUGCCAGGAGUUUGCGACGCUCCUCCAAAAUUGCUGCCAUUGACCGUGAGCAACACCGCCAGCCGACACGAUUUGUUUCACGCCGCUGCACUAGCUCAACUUCAACUGGUUCCGGUCACGCCAGCUCGAUCAUCAGUUCUGAAAGAAACGUCACCAGAUGGGCCCGCAAUCUCGUUCGCCGACAUCCGCAGUCCUACCAAUUACACCUUCUAUCCAUGGACUUUGCCUCAAGAUCUGAUACCCGUGAAUGGCACCAGCUCGCCGAUUGCGAGUCCGAUAAUUAGUACCCUGACGUUUCCGAAUUUGGGAGCGAACACGCUAGAGGCCGAGAAGGGUUUGAUUCCACUCGGUGCAUUACAGAAGAUAGUUGAUGGAAUUCUCAUCAACUCGCUUUCGAAUCUGCGUCUCAACAUGAUCCAGGAGCCCAAAAGCCUCCUACUGCCGGAUGACAAUGGUGUGAUGAUUCAGGAAGUUGUCAUUGGCCAAGAAUUCCGCAUUCAAGGUAUCGCCAACUGGGCUCUGGGUCGAGACGAGAAAGUGCUUCUUUCUGACAAAGCACUGCAAGGAGUCAGUCCUGCGGAUCCACAUUUUACGAGAGUCAAGGAUCUGGAAAUGGUCGAUCUCGUGCUGGACGUGCCGAUUCUGCCGGAGGGCAAAGAUGGAGAGGUUCCCAAAGAAAUCGAGGUCUCUGAAAAUGGAACGCUCGACAUGCUCUGGGAUGAGUUCGAUGCAAUACUCUCAAGCCUGCUACCUGGCUCGGAUGGUGGUUCUGAUGAUGACACCUCUGACCUUCCAGCUCCUCGGCUCGAUGCCAACGGUAAUCCCAUCCUGACGAGGUUCUUCGUCCCAGCGAUUCUACCAACCGGUGCUGGCGCUGCUCCUUUACCGGCGUUCAUGGACGGCGAUAUCGUUCCACUCACAGCCACCACGGGCAAGGUACCCUACAGCUCGAUUUUCUACUUGUCCGACACUCUCUGUGAGUAUCGUCUCCCCUCGAGCAUCGCCAAGCACAAUCAAGUUCUGGUCAUACAACGUGGAGGGUGUAGUUUCAACGACAAGCUCGCCAACAUACCUUCGUUUGCUCCGUCGUGGGACUCGCUCCAGCUGGUCAUUAUAGUCAGCGUGCCGGAGGCGAAAUCACCGGAAGAAGAUGACUUCGACGAUCAUCCAAACAACCGAGGUGGACUCAUCCGACCACUCCUGGACCAACCGCAACUUACACCCAACGGGUUUGAGCGUCGCCACCCCAUCGCGAUGGUGAUGGUCGAUGGCACGCGAGAGACCACAGCCGCGCUGAAGAAAGUCAGCAGCGCCCUCGGCAACUUCGACGAGAACGGAAAGCUGGCAGAAGCAAGAAAGCAAAACGUCGGCAACGGCAAGGGGAAGAAGGUGGCGCUCAAAGGCGGACUGGGUGUCAAGCGAAGAUACUGGUUCGAAAGCAUGGGCGUUCCGAUAGCGAAUCUGCUGAUGGUGUAA